AUGGGUAACCCACUUGACCUGUACACUAUCCGCCGUGCUGUUGAAGGAGACCUUCCUCAAAUUCUUGAAAUUUACAAUGAACGCAUUGCUAAUUCCACCUGUCUCUUCAUGUACGACCAAGUUCCUCUCGAGAACCGAGUAACCUGGUUCACAGAGACAAAAGCAAAAGGGUAUCCCAUUAUUGUUGCCGCCGAAAAGGAAACAGAUAAGGCCAUUGCAUAUGCAAAUUACGGUGUAUUUAGACCCCAUACUGCAUUUAUCUUAACUACUGAAAUAUCCUUGUAUAUCCACCAAGGUCAUCAACGUAGGGGAUUGGGAGCAUUGAUGUUGACAGAAAUGAUGCGUAUUGCUAAAGCUAUGCAGUUUCGCAACAUCAUUGCUGGUAUCACUGCUGAAAAUGAAGGAUCUGUCAUUCUGUUUGAUAAGUUUGGUUUUAAAAAGGUUGGUCAUUUCCAUGAUGUUGGAUAUAAAUUUGGGAGAUAUCUGGAUGUUGUUUUCCUGGAAUAUAUUACGGAUGCUCAAGUGGAAGACGAGAAGCAGAUCCCUUCAUUUAAAUCUUUCGCCUGGGAUGAUUAUGUAUAUGGUGGUACUAUCACGAAUUAG